UUCUAGAGAGUGUCUUAUCCGCCGCGGGUGUGUGUUGUCCUCCGUCAGUGAGUGUGUGAGCUCGGCUUCCGUAUCGCAUGGAGAAGAGGUAUGAGGAGUUGGUGCAGUACCCAGGCUCUGACGGCAUGCCUGUGGGAGGGUACCGGGACGUCAUGAGGUCACUUCCUCCGCAUCACUACGGCCACACGGUGCCCGACUCCCUGAAACACCACCGGGACCUGAUCUACGGUCAUCCUCUGUUUCCACUCCUGGCUCUGGUAUUUGAAAAGUGUGAACUUGCCACCUGCUCACCACGAGACUCCGCCUCCAUGUCAAACUCCGCCCACCUCCACGGCAUGACCAAUCACAGCGACGUCUGCUCCUCUGACUCGUUCAACGAUGACAUCGCAGUCUUUGCCAAACAAAUUCGAUCAGAGAAACCCAUCUUUUCAUCAAAUCCAGAACUGGAUAAUCUGAUGAUCCAGGCCAUUCAAGUUCUACGGUUUCAUCUAUUAGAGCUAGAAAAGGUUCAUGACCUCUGUGAUAACUUCUGUCAUCGCUACAUCACCUGUCUAAAGGGCAAGAUGCCCACUGAUCUGGUGCUGGAGGACCGGGACGGGGGAUCCAAAUCUGACAUGGAAGAUUUCACUGGUUCUUGCACCAAUCUGUCAGAACAAAAUCAGUCUUGGUUGCGGGACCCAGAUGAGUGUGUGUCGACCCCCUCGGGCACCCCGAGCGCCUCCUGUGGCCUCACCUCACACAGCGCAGAGAACUGCAGUGAUGCCGGUGAUGGAUUGGAUGGGAGUGUGGCAUCGCCCAGCACAGGAGAAGAAGACGAAACGGACAGAGACAGACGAAACAACAAGAAAAGAGGAAUCUUUCCCAAAGUUGCAACGAACAUUAUGAGAGCAUGGCUCUUUCAGCACCUGUCGCACCCGUACCCGUCUGAAGAACAGAAGAAACAGCUCUCCCUGGACACGGGUCUCACCAUACUACAGGUCAACAACUGGUUUAUAAAUGCCAGACGCAGAAUAGUCCAGCCAAUGAUUGACCAGUCAAAUCGCUCAGGCCAGGGUGCCCCGUACAGUCCAGAGGGGGCGGCUCUAGGAGGAUAUGGGUUGGAUGCUCAGACUCAUUUAGGUCUUAGGACAGCAGGGCUUCAGGGAAUGCCCACGGAUUACCCCGGGGCCCUCCUGCCCCAGCCGGGAUACCCCCACGCCGGCCCGUCCCUGCACCCCUACCCCGGCCCCCACACCGCCAUGCUGCUCCACCCACCCCCCCACAGCCACCCCGCCGAACCCCUCAUAGGACAAGGCCUGGACAUUCACGCCCACUAACCGAAACUGGGACGCCUCUCACCAAACUUCAGUCCACACAUAAUGACUCUGAGAAUGUCUUAAAUGCACUGACCUGGCAUCAUAUUAAUGUAUCGAAACUUCCACUCAAUGCUCAUCUCAAAUGCCUGACAGACUUGUUACAUUCCUCAUCUGCUCUCCUCAUGACAAUGCUCUGAAUGCACUGCACCCAAUACAUCUAACCACUAGUUUCAAUGCACAUCGCAGCGUUCGAUUGAGUGUACCCAUGUCUUCCUAUGGCCUUAGGGGGGAGUGAGCUGAGAUCUCCCUUCAUCGAACAUUAAGGCCUUCAUCGCCUUUCUUGCCUUGCCUCCGAAAACCCUCUCGAGGAGCACAACUGGAAACACACAGGAUAUACCUCCUCAGCCAGGACCCGAGAAAAGCAGAGGUCCUGAGAUAGUCUUCUGUUCUGUUGCACCGAAUCCUUAUAACUGCUGAACAUGCUUAAUAAAAUCUAAGGGUGAAGCUCAUGAAACAAGGUCUCGUUUCACCCCAAAAU